UCAAACUUUUAGACUUCUCAUGCAAGUGCCGGUGAAGAAGUCCAAAUCGAGCUGUCUCCAUCUCAUGUUGUCGUGAUAACAGCACUUUUUGAUCAUUCAGGAAGGUAGGUUGAGAUAUAGAUUGAAUUGCACUUGAGAUAUACGUGAAGACGAAAUACCUCACAAAGGGUAUAUAUAUCUUGUCUUCAUCCACAGAGUAAUAUCUUUUUCUCUCCAGUCCAGCAUCAAUCGUUUCACACUCCUCACAGCCAAUCCAAUCCAAUCAAUCUAUCAAUUGUUCGUUCUUUCGACAAUUAAUCCAAUCAAUCAAAAUGAAGUUCUCCGUCGUUGCUGCUACCGCCCUCCUCGCCGGCUCUGCCGUUGCUGCCCCAGGUACUGCUUUGAGACAAGCACGUGCUGUCAAGCGCGCUGUCCGUACCCACGGAAACCCAGUCAAAUACGUUGAGGGACCAACCAACAAGACCGAUGCUUCCUACUCCUCCAACUGGGCUGGUGCCGUCCUCGUCGGCACUGGUUACACUUCCGUAACCGCUACCUUCACUGCCCCAUCCCCAAGCACAGCCGGAUCUGGAUCCGCCUGGGUUGGUAUUGACGGUGACACCUGCAGUUCCGCCAUUCUCCAAACCGGUAUCGACUGGACCAAGUCUGGUAACUCCAUCACCUACGAUGCUUGGUAUGAGUGGUACCCAGACUACGCCUACGACUUCACCGGCAUCUCCAUCUCUGCUGGUGACAGCAUCAAGGUUACCGUUACUGCCUCCUCUGACACCACCGGUACCGCCACCGUCAACAACCUCACCAAGGGUAAAUCUGUCACCCACACCUUCACCGGUGGUGUUGAUGGAGACCUCUGCGAGUACAACGCCGAAUGGAUCGUUGAGGAUUUCGAGCAAGAUGGCUCCCUUGUCCAAUUUGCCAACUUCGGCACUGUCGCCUUCACCAGUGCCUCAGCCACCCAAAACGGAAAGUCCGUCGGUAUUACCGGUGCUCAAAUCAUCGACCUUCAACAAAGCAGCACCGUCCUCACCUCCGUUUCCACUGGCAGCGACUCCAUUACUGUCAAAUAUGUUUAAAUAACGACUGUUUGAUCUCUCGAGCCCGAACUCCCUUGCUCACACGCCACAAAUAUUGGUUGGAUCCCUGGAAUUGAUUGGUCUGGAGGAUCGAUGGACUUUAUUGUCUUUCGCUAAAAAAUGGUGUCAUGCUGAUGAUAUGAUGAGAUUAUGAGAUUUGGUGUUUGCACUCCCCAGUUUUGAGCGACGGCUUUCUUUGCGGGAGGAGCAUGAUCUUGGCUUGGUGUUUUUAUUGUCCAUAGUUCUCUCUGGUAGUCAUAAAAAUAUACUCUCUCUUACCUUGAAUCUUGCUUCAA